AUGUUUCUCGGUUUAAUAAAGGCAUGGGCCGUCGAGGUACUGGCCAAAGCGAGUUCCAAGGUGGCAGAUACAGCUUGGCCCCGACUUCAAAAUAUGAUACACUCCGUUUUGAUCUUCAAUACGUCUGGAACACCCCGUCUUAUCAAGUUCUAUACGCCGCUCAGGUCGCCCGAACUUGCGACAGUCAUUCCACAGAAAAUAUUCAAGCUCAUCUCAUCACGACCUCCAGGAGCAUGCAACUUUCUCGAUGUGCCAGACCUAGACAUGACUUCCCAGCUUAACAUCGCGAGCAAUGAUCGCAUAUGCGUAGUCUACCGAAACUAUGCGACUCUGUACUUUGUCUUUGUCAUAGACGGUGGAGAAAGCGAGCUCGGGAUCCUAGACCUGAUCCAGGUAUUUGUGGAAUCACUCGAUAAGGCGUUUAGAAAUGUGUGUGAACUCGACCUCGUCUUUCACUUUGACGAAGUGCACGCCAUUCUCGCCGAAAUCGUCCAGGGAGGACUGGUAUUGGAGACCAACGUCGCCGAAAUCUCUCAGAUGGUCGAAGAGGGCUUCAAAGCGCGAAAAGCGUCUUAUGCCGCGGCCAAUCCUCUUAGUCUCAGUGGUGGGGUGAUGGGUGGCUCGAGUCGUGGGGGAAAUAGUAACGUCAGUUCACCAUUAAGCAGUCUGCAAACCCCUAUUGGUUGGUUGACAGAGCGUAUUACCGGCCUGAACGCUCGGUAG